CAGCUGCCUGAAGUGAUCUCAAGAGGAGGAGAAUUAUCCUCUUAUUCCGAAUCUCUGUGGACGUGUAGUGCAUUGUGUAGAGAGCAAAGACUGAGAGGGUUGCAGAUCUGAUGCCUUUUUGCCAUUAUCUUGGCCAGGUUAGGGAAGGCUGUUCUGCACCAUGGAGGCCAAAGCUCUUGCCACUAUGAAAGAGAAGAAUGAUCUCCCUCAGCCAUUUCUGCUUGAUGAAGAAGCUAAUGAGCUCAAACUGGUUUGUAAAUCUUCCUACCUGAAGAAACUCUGGGGGCUCCGUUACAAAAAUCAGUGUUACGAUUAUGCCACCGUCUUAUGGCAUAAGAUAAAGAGCGGCAUCAAAAAUAAUGUGUUCUGCUCCUCCCACAAGUACACAAUGCCUCUCAUCAAAAGUCUCACCUUGGCUUUCAUCCUGGUGGGUUUGGUUGUUUUGUUAUUUUCAACUUUCUUAUUAUCGGAGGUAGAUAGGCUGGGUGCAAUGUAUCCAUUUGGGAACAACGUGCCCCCCGGCGUUGUCCACGCUAAAGGAGAUAACACAGAAGCAGUCCCUAAAAAUCUCACUGUGCCAAUCCUGCUGGAAGCCAAGAAAUCCGAACCGUUUUGUGAAGCCGUGGAUAAUUGCUUCGACAAAGCGAUCAAGGAAUUCAUGUUGGAGCCGCGGAUUCUACAGGAAAAUGCCAAAAUGAUCCUCGAGUGUAACGGAACAAGGAAGGAGUUCGUGUCUGGAAAAGGAGAAAACUAUAUCGAGGUGUUCUGGGUGGACGGCCAAACGCAUUACCGGGUCAGAGAAGCCAAUUCACAAGUCUACGUGGCAAGGCUGGGGCGCCAGCCUUUACCACUCAGCCUUGGCAGCCUCUUGAAUGUCUACCAACAGCUGGCCUCCCGUGAAGGAUCAGAGGAGCUGCGGCGGUGCCUAAAUAAGACCAUAGAGGAAUUUCCCAAGGAACCGCAAGCUGUGCAGAACGAUGCCGUGUUGGAGGUCUCAUGCGGAGGGAGCAAUGUCACCUUCCGUUCGGAAGCUGGGAAGAACGAAAUCAACGUAUACGAAGAUAAGCAUGGGAAGGUUGUAUUUAACGUAAAAGGCAAAGGAUGGGCUUGGUGGGCCAGACUAUUUGUAAGGCACUAA